AUGGCUUUCAAGGAAUUCAACGAGCGCGAGGACGAUCAGCUCCCCCGACACGUCGCCCUCCACUUCACAUUUGCCGACAACUCCCCACGGACCAUCUACCACAUCACCGGCAGCGUCCAUAACUGGCGCUUCGAACGCCGCGAGAACUACGACCCCGUGUCGAGCAACAAGGACAUCAGGACGUACACUGUAGGUGAGCUAUCGAGACCGACAAACGACGAGGAGAUCAAUGCGAGGCUGGCGGAUGUGGCGGUGGACAACGCGGACCGGGAGGUUACUUGUCAAACGUGGAUUGGGGAUGCGCUGAAGCAUUUGGGCAAGAGUGGGUUAUUGAGUGAGAAGGCUGUUGAGGAGGGGUUGGAUGGGAUGGUCAAUCUUGUGGUUGAGUGGGAGGCGGAUGAUGAUGUGGAGAGGAGUGAUAGUGUUGUGAAGAAGGAUUGA